UAUGUCUUAUUAAUUUGGAGGAAGCCAACUUUAAACUUAGAGCGUACCAAAUGCAAAAUAUAAAACAAUGUUAUGUCGACAUUAUUUAGGUAUAUAAAUGUCUAAGAAAAGCUACAAAAUAAUGUGCUAUUGGAGCUAAAUGCUAAUUUGCUCAUGGUACAUAAGAACAAAGAUAAAUGAAUGGUAUGGAUUUUAAUCAUUAAUAUCAGAUCCUUUACCUGCUUCUGCUUUAUCAGCUAUGGCUAGUGGAAUAGAAUAACCAGUCAAUAAACCUCAAACAUCUGUAUUUUAAAGUAUAAAUUGAAGAAUUUAAAUUCAGUUCCUUGCAAAUAUCAUGCAUAAAAUUAUUGUAAAAAUGGAUCUAAUUGUUAAUAUAUGCAUGGUAUUAAACUUAAUUUAUAUGAGAUCCUGAUUCUGUUUAAUAACAAAAUACAAUCAAUUAAUAAUAAAUGUAAGUGAUCUCUUCGCCACUUCCUUAAACUAAACCAGAAGAUCCAAUGUAAAUAGUGUUUUAGCACAUUUUGAUUGAGAUGCAACAAAUAUUUCCAUAAGAUGUGAGUUAUAUAUAUAAAGUAUAGGAAAUAAUAUAAAAAUUAAAGAUAGCCUUUGAUUAAACUAAAAUAGGAAAUCUUAUUAAUGCUUCUGAAUGUAUAAAAAGUAUUAUACAUGCUCCAGAACGUACACAUGAGGAACUACUUAAAUAUACAAAUCUCUAUAAUUAGGCUAUAUAGUAUUUUAAUCAAAUCUCAUAAGUGAAUUGA